AUGGCUCCUAAAUCUGUGUACGUCAAGGAGAAUGGGAAACGAAUCUGGACCACUAUACUUGAGUGUAUAUUACAGGAUAGCCGAUGUCUCACGCCCUACGUCAGUUUCAAGGGCAAGAAGGUUCAAAAAGCAGUGGUUAAUAGCAGCCGCCCAAAGCUCGUGAAGACGAACUUUCUUACCGACCUCGAAUACUACGAUGACCCAGAGGAUAUACUCAGUGCGCAAGCAGAGUUCGAAGAGUUUAUCGGCAGUGACAUCCCGCCGUACGCCAUCCUGUCACACACUUGGGAAGAUGGUGAAGUGUCAUUGGCUGAUAUGAGAAGUGGGAGAUAUCAGAUGUUUCGGAGCAAAAAGGGCUACAAGAAGAUCGAAAUGACUUGUCUGCUAGCGAAGAAGGACGGCUACCAAUACGCCUGGGUCGACAUCUGUUGCAUAGACAAGUCCAGCAGCGCCGAGCUCACCGAGGCCAUCAACUCCAUGUAUCAGUGGUAUUUGAAGUCUGCAGUCUGCUACGUCUUCCUCUCGGACCUACCCCCAUCGCGGGUCUCACCUUGGAGGCCGCCCUCGCCCGAUGCAGAUGGUUCACGCGUGGAUGGACCCUACAAGAGCUUAUCGCCCCUCAGAACGCCAUAUUCUUCGAUGGGGAAUGGAAAGACAGAGGGGACAAAGAAACACUAA